AUGCUGAGGAAGGAGACCGUACGUAGACCCAGGCCGAGGAGCUGGUACUCAUCUGCCGAUUUGUCAUUCACAUUAUCUGUAACAGCCAAUUCGUCGCCGACUUUCAGAUCAGGAUUACUUCCGUCAACGGUUCUGGGUAGGCGUAUCGUCUUGGGGAAGUUAGGUAUCGUGGAGUUUCCUGUUGGAACCUGUUCGAUGCCAUUGAUGAUCACGGUAGCAGACUCAUUGAAUGCCAUGCCACCCGGUGGUCCCUCGAGCUUGAUUUUCCCAUCACUCUUCGCCUUGGAUGCUGCUGUCUGGCUCUUUUGCCCAUCGUUACUGUCUGCGUUGGUCUCUGGUUGUAGUCCGUCUGGGAAGUAA